AGUUUUCUCCUUUUUGGCACGUUACUUCCUCUCUCCUCCCCCCCUUUUCUUUUUUACAUCAUGUGAUCACACAAGAAUUAGUGAAUGAAUUUAAACCUUAUCAGCAGGAAUGCUCCUCGUGAUACUUUUCCAAGUAUGCAGAAUGUGUAAGUGAGUUUAUUGAGGGGGAAUAAAAGCAGUCUUCUUUCAACCUACUUUAAUAUCCAAGUCAUCUGAGGACAAAUGCAGCAAAAUUAUUCAGCUGCUUCCUUCAGCGUCUGCAGCUUUUUAUAAUGCUUCAACUGCAGACUUAAACGUAUUUUAGCAGGACUUCAGUGAAACACGGCACAGUUGUGCAGAGUUGUGAAGUGGAAGGAAAAUGAAAAGUGGUUUUAAACAUCUCAUGGAAAUAAAAAGCUGAAAAGACGGAUGCGCAUCAGUCCCCUAUGAUUUCGCACUUUGCAGCACUUUUUCCAUGCAAUUACAGUUGCAGGUCAUUUUAGAUAGUUUUGUUUUGGCCAUCCACAGCUCAAGGUCAGCCAGAUUGGACAAAAAGUGCUUGUAAGCAGCAGCUUUAAAGGUCCAUAUUUGGAUUUAGAUCUGGACUUUGUCUAAUAUGAAAUGAAUAAUUAUUUAUGGAUGUCAGAUUCUUCUGAUGGACAUACGUGCUACUCAAAAAAUUUUGUUUGGUAAAAUGGCUUUGAAAAGUAAUUAGAUUAUUCUUCCAUUUUGCUGUAAUGCACCACUUUGUCUCGUUCCACAGAAAAUCCUAAGUACGAGGUUGCAUUGUGAGACAAAAUGAGAACGAUCCAAAUGAGUGAAUGCUUUCGCACUGCACUGUAUAAGAAGAAAAAGAAAAGAAAUGCAGAUUGGCAGAGGAACGGGCACAGAUGCCAUUUGGUUGUCGUGGUGACAGGCUCGCCUCAGCUGAGGUGACAACAUCUCCGUCCAAGAAAGAGGAGCAAAAGGAAGCAGAGGAGGGACGCUGGACGGGAGCCAAGGGUUUAAUUACUGCCAAGACAACCAAGGAGACACCUCAUGAGGGACCAGACGGAGAAGAGGAGAGAAACCAGGUGCGGCGGAACCAAAACACGGGCUCAGGCUCGUAGCUUUGGAAUAUCAAAGCUUUGGCUCGAAGGCUCAGAGGCGAGAGGUGAUCUGUCUCAGCAUGACAACGUUUAUGGAUGCGUGUGACAGGGAAAGUACCGAUCCUGGGAGGAGGAACUAAAGAGAGCUCUGAUUGAAAGGCUCUGCUGCAGAUUUUCCCAGUUUUUGGAAAAGAUCCAUCCAAAUAUUUCCCCAGAGUUCAGCUGUGUUCAUCCGUCCUCCAGGCAUGCCAGAGGAUGUGGUUCCAGGAUCCCAGCUGGAGGAACCAGUUAGUACAACACCCUUUCCCAGCACCAGCCCCGUGGAGGCCGUAGAUUUAGAGUGUCCCAUUUGCUACCAGGAGUACAACCAGUACAAUAAAAGCCCCCGGAUGUUGGAGUGCCUCCAUGUCUUCUGCACAGAGUGCCUGCAGAGGAUCCAGCUCAACCCCUGCGACCCCACUGACCCCCGCGGCGGCCCACAAGCCAUCCCCUGUCCCCUCUGCCGCCAUUUAACCCCUCUGCGCACUGGGAAUGCCCUCGCUUUGCCUUGCAACUCCCAAAUCAUGUCCAGGCUGCCCCGCGUGGCGGCCUUCCGGAUGCCGGCGACAGUUUCCACACGCGUGGCGACGGUCACCCAGAGAGUGGUGCUCUCUCUGGAGGGCGCCAGCAGCGACGGCGGAGGCGGCAGGGACAGCCGCUUCAUCAUCCUGCCCACCGUCAGCCUGCAGGUGCAGCAGAUGCACCCGGACAGGCCGUACGGCGCGGCCACAGACCUGGUGGGCGAGGAGGGGGUCAUACAGCAGAGCCGGAGGACCCUGCUGUGCGUGCAGCUGCUGGCCGUCAUCUUCUGGGUGCUGUUCGUGAUCACCUGCGUGGUCGGCGUGGUGUUUGGACCGCACUUGUUCAACAGAAAAUUCUAA